UGGAACUUUCAGGUUCAUAAAGGCAGAGAAUGUCAUGAAUAGUUUAGUGAAGACAGCUGUUCAAGAAGGAUGCUGCUUCAUAGAGUUAGUUAACCUCUCCUGUCUUCUAGCUGCCGACCUCUACGGCCCGUUUCACACAUACACGGCGACCGUCCAAACGGCUUAUACGAGAGCUUUCACAUGCACCAGUACCGUCUAUACGGCCGUGACCGUCCUAACGGCUUAUACGAGAGCUUUGACAUGCACCAGUACCGUCUAUACGGCCGUGACCGUCCUAACGGCGUACCACUUGGUAAUCUAGUGAACAGUUUAAUGGCUUCCUUCACACGUGAGAGUUCUGUAACUUAUGUACCAACCUUGUGAAGUAAUAAUCAGUGAAUGUGAAUUUAUAUCACGCAAUAUGACAAAUGUACAAGUUGAUAUUGAUUAUCUAAUUUCUUUAAUUGAAGCGAGGUCAGUACUUUGGGACAAAACAAGUGUUUUAUACAAAGAUAGAAAGGAAACGAAAAAUGCUUGGAGGGAAGUUUUCGUAGAACUGAAAAGUGAUUUUGAGGAGCUGGAAGACAAAGAAAAAAAUAUCUAUGCUAAAGAAGUGAUGAAGAGGUGGGUGAAUGUUCGAGAUGCUUUUCAAAAAUCUAUUAAAAAACAAAAAGAGGCUACAAGAUCGGGAGCUGGAAAGCCAACUACAAAAACGUACAUUUACAAUGCACAGUUACAAUUCCUAAGGAACGUGUUCCUGGAACGCAAAACGGAAGAUACCCCAUCAGCCGAUAUUGGACAGCCGGAAGAGGCAAACGAGAAAACACCUCAAAACACCUCUAAUAACGAAGUUACUCAAGCAAUCGCUAAGGAUUUCAAAACGGCAGUAACACGAAAACGUAAAUCAGACAAUGUUGAACUAGAAAUGAUUCAAGCUCCUAAGGAUCAAUCGGAUCGUCAUUUGUCUUUUUUCAGAGGGAUAAUUCCUUCAUUGAACACUUUUGAUGACGACGAGAUAUUAGAAUUACAAAUGUCGGUGCUACAAAAAAUAACAUCCAUGAAACAACGGAAAAAAAUGGUUUCCUACACUCAGUACUCUGCUGAAAUUCAUCCUACACGCAUAAACACUAGUCGGCAGGAGACAACAUCAACUGAAGGCCAUCUCUAUCAGAACGUGCGUCCACAAUUGUCCAACCACAGGCCGAGUACUUCAACUGGUUCAAGCAAUAAGCAGACUAUUUCCUAUAGACGGAACCGGUGCAUGUGAAAACUCAACGGUGCCGUUUGGACGGUCGCCGUAUAUGUGUGAAACGGGCCUAACCCUCCGUGUCUGAUCUUGUCGCUAGCAGACGAUUUGAUUAGGCGAAAUGAUAAAAUAUGGAUGUUAAAUUCCUUCGACUGUCAUCUGCAUUUCAAACCAUGGCAUAGCACUUAUGCCCUGGAUGUCUUAAGUUGUACAGGCAGGAAUAAAGAAAAAAUAAUUCGUUGAAGUGCAAUACGUUUCAUUAUCAGCUAAGAGGUUAAAGACUUGUUACAAGGUAGAAGUAAUAAUUUUAUCUUUUUCACAUUUUACGUUGGAAAACAAGACACCUUGUAGAACUUGGAUGUAGUCUGUGUAGGAUACCGACUCAUUAGAAGUCGGAGAAAUGGAUGAAAUACGUUAACAAUGUUUAAGCUCAUUCUGAAUUGAGUAACAUUGAGAAUGAAAUGAGUGAGAAUACACUUGUACAUAAAAACACUCAAAUUGCAGGAGAGACAUACAAAUGUGAAAUUUGUAAUAAAUUCUUCUCUCAUAAAGGUGGCCUUAACCAACACCGAUGUUUACACACUGGGGAGAAGCGUUAUAGAUGUAACAACUGCAAUAAAUGUUUUACAGAGAAAAGUCACCUUGAUAGACACCGACGGACGCACACAGGAGAGAAGCCUUUCAAAUGUGAAAUUUGCAGUACUUUUUUUUUUUACACAAAAAGGAAGUCUUGAUACUCACAGACGUAUGCAUUCUGGAGAGAAACAUUUUAAGUGUGACAUUUGUAAUAAAUAUUUUACUCGAUCUAGUUACUUGGCUGUACACCAACGUAUACACACUGGUGAAAAACCAUAUACAUGUGAAUUUGCAUGUGUAGAGGAGAGCUCCCUGAACCACCGAACGCAUUUUCUUCUCAUUCAGAUCGCUUCUUGGGGCACAUGAGAAUGUACAACAGUGAUUUCCAGAUGACUUCUCUUGGAGCUUCUAGAAAGGACAACUGUGUUGUGAAAGUGGAGUGCAAUGUAGAUAUUGAGACUCAACCAGGGCAAGAAGAUCAUCUCUCGGGUGUAGAACAGGAAGGUGUCCCAUUUUCCUUUGUCGCUGUGAAGCAGGAAGUGGAAGAGCCAUGGGCCGUUACUCCAAUCAAGGAAGAGCAGAUAGAUGAAAUAACAAAAGAAGAACAUGGGGACUGUUUGGAAGGUGAUGACCAAUUACCCCAUGAACAGGAAGUUUAUGGAGGUUAUUCUACAGUGCAGCUUGCCCCACAUCUUGACCAUGACCUGAAAUGUGAUGCAGAUGGUGAUUUCAGUACUAAGGAUGUGAAUUUCAUUAGCCAAAAAGUGAUCGAAGUUCACUCUGAAUUGAGUGACAAUGGGAGUAAAAUGAAUGAGAAUGCAGUUAAAAAUAAAAACACUCAAAUUGUAGGACAGACUUACAAAUGUGAAAUCUGUGGUUCAUCAUUUCCAGAAAAAUGGAAACUUGUCGGUCAUCAACACAUGCACCCUAGAGAACCUGUCAAGUGUGAAAUUUGUAAUAAAUCAUUCUCACAUAAAGGUGCUCUUAACAAACACCGACGCUUACACACGGAGGAGAAGCGUUAUAAAUGUAACAGUUGCAGUAAAUGUUUCACAAAGAAAAGCCAUCUUGACAGGCACCGACUUAUUCACACAGGAGAGAAGCCUUUCAAAUGUGAAAUUUGCAAUAAUUCUUUCACACAGAAAGGAAGUCUUGAUACUCACAGACGUAUGCAUUCUGGAGAGAAGCAUUUCAAAUGUCAAAUUUGUAAUAAAUAUUUUACUCGUUCAAGUUAUCUAGUGGUACACCAACGUAUACAUACUGGUGAGAAGCCUUAUACAUGUGAGUUCUGCACUAUGAGUUUCAGAUGUCGUGGUAAUCUUGUAAGCCAUAUUCGCACUCACACUGUGGAGUAGUUGUGUUGGUUUCUACUUUUGAUAUGAUAUAACUCUAUUUUAGGUCACUGACCUUCAUGGCCACAGCUUUGAAUCCUGAGCAUAUUUUGGUUCUUGUAUGUACCACAGUGAAUUCUGCUACAUUCCUCAGGUAGCAGAGGUUGGUCCUAUGCAGAUAAGAGUAUUGUUUGCUGCAAGUUGAAGGUGGUUUGUAGCAUUUAACAAGAAUACUAAGGAAACGCUCAGAGAGAGAUGCUACUUAAUUAUGCGAUUUCAAGUGUACAAGAUAUGUAGUGAUGAUAUGAUUAAGGUAAGUUAGAAAGGAUGGUUUCUUUCAUUAUGUCAGUAUGUCGUGACUACAAUAAAACUUCAGUCGAACUGUACUUAAUAUCUGAACCAUGUACAUGUCAGAUAAGUGUUAUUUUUAUUGAACCAUUGUUGAUUAGGUAUGAAAUUUACAAUACUUUUUUGUAUAAAUUCUUGUUUUGACACAAAAACAGUCUUUUGUAUAAUAUUACACUGACAUUUCAUAUGUAUAGAUAUUUUAUCUUUUUCUGUAAACGUGCAUCUCAUUACAAGUACUCAUAAAGAGGUACACAUGUUGUAAAAUAUUAUAUGUACAGAAUAUUUCUGUUACAUGAAACUAGAAAUUAGUGUACACUAUUUUUUUGGGCAGUAUACAUUUUUUAGUGUUUUGAACACUGUGAUAAAAGAAUAAAGUGGUUGACAUUUUUUAAGUCUUCAUUUGGAAAUUAUAUAAUUUUAUGACUGUCAUCAUAAUUCCAGUCAUCCAUAAAGUCCUUGUAUUUGUCUGUCUGUGGCGUCUCUGUCUUUGGUUAAUUGUAAUUGUGCCACAAGUCUAUUCAGCAAAGACACCAAUAUGUCUACCUAAUUUUAAGAAAAAAAUUGCGUUAAUGUGUUUAAGUCUGACAGCAAAAUGAAGGUGAAGGCUACAGUACAUCCCUUGGUUGCCCAUAUUCCCUUAUAGUCAUUAGAGUAGGGUACUAAUGAUUCAUGAUUCAUGUAAGAAGAUUGAGUGCAGAUGUAUGUAUAUUUUUUUAAUGCAUUUGAUGUAUUCACACAAAUAUUCAUUAAAAUGAUGCACUUUUAUAUAA